AAAAUACGGCUGCUGCGCAUGCGCAGUAACAAACGUGCCUAUGUGGACAAGUCCUCUUCAUUUCUCAAUUUGUCAACGGAACAGUAGAUAUGGGCUUCAUAUGGUUGAUUAUAUUGGUGGUCUGCAGUUUCACUAGGGCAGACCAGGACGAGAGACUGCCGAACAAAUGUGAAGUGUGUAAGUUCCUCACUAUGGAGCUUCAGGCGUCGCUGGAGAAGACUGCCCGUUCAAAAGAGGUAUUUGAGCUUGGAGAGGUGCUGGACACUGGCAAAAGAAGACGCAAGAUAAAAUACAACACCUCGGAAACGAGGCUGACGGAGGCGGUGGACAACAUCUGUGAGGGAAUCCUUCAGUACAACAUCCACGCUGAGCGACCGGGCAGCCUACGCUAUGCCAAGGGUGCCAGUCAGACCAUGACCACGCUGAAGAACCUGGUCCACAAGGGGGUGAAGGUGGACCUCGGGCUGCCGUACGAGCUGUGGGACGAGCCCUCCGUGGAGGUCUCUGACCUGAAGAAACAGUGUGAGACGAUGCUGGAGGAGUACGAGGAGGUGGUGGAGGACUGGUACUUCCACCACCAGGACCAGCGACUGGAGAGGUUCCUGUGUCAGACCCACGUCCUCAGCCCCCCCGACCUAGAGUGUCUGGAGGAGGUGUGGAAGGGAGAACUGGGGGCCAAAGCAGUGGAGGAGGAGAAGACCACGUCACAUGACGCUGGGGAACUGUGAUGAUGAUGACGACGACGACGAUGAUCACACUCCGGACUACACAACACAAUGCCUCUGUUUGACCUUUGACCUUUGACCCUUGACCCUAGGCUGUGCCCCUGCCUGUUCUUACUCCUUCCUCCCUUCCUCAAUGUUAUCCCGAAAGGGAAAAGUAUCUCUAAAAUGGGAUGACAUGAGUUUACAUGAGAAGCCAUGGUUGUAAUAUUGGCCUGGCCGGACGUCCAAACUGCACAAUAGCUCUGACUUUCAUGAGGUAUAAACUUCCUGUCUUUUUUAAAGCCCAUUCAUGUUCAUCCAAUAAGGCUUUAUACCUGCACAACAGAAUGUAGCCUAACUUUAUGCAACUAAUUGGGAACCUUUUCUACGAUUUUUAUUUUAUUGUUGUCCAUUUCAGUAUUAUUUUACACUAAUGUUGCUCAGUAUUUUUUUCUGAGCUAUUUUAGACAUGUGCCUUAUGUACAGUUUUACAUCAUUAUUGCAGUAUUUUUAUAUUUGUUAUGCUUGUUAUUCUGCCUUUCAAAAUGAUUACUUGGUGGCACUUUUAUAGGCAAUUAAAUGACGAAUAUACAACUGUGUCAAACUGUUCCGACACUAAAAACCAUGUCAUUAAAAGUUUUAAAAAAGAGUUAAAAAAAAUGCUUGAUUGUGUGUGAUUAAUUUCAGGUGUGUCAAACGACCCAAAAAGAUCCCAUUUGUUCUCAUUCUGGAUGGUUCCUUUUGGCCUAAGGAUCUUCCUUAAUGGAGAAACCUUUUCCGUUCACCACCGCAAUGGCACCGCUUUCCCUCCACGUCGUCCUGCUGGUGAUUAGAUGGCUGCCGGUCGCGUGCUACAGCUACCAAUCAAAGUCCCUUUUCAUGACUUUCUCCGAGCUGGCCGCCCUUGAAAAAAAGUCUCAGGACCGCGUUUUGGUGAAGUGCCUUCAGGACAGUAUGGAGGUGACGGUGGUGGAGGAGAAGGCGGAUGCUUUUGGUCUGGGGUUCCCCGUUGACCCUAAACGCCUGAACCUUGGCCCUGUGGUCCAAUCACAGAGCCGUUGCCAGGCAGAGGCCAGUGGAAAGGGGGCUUACACCUUCCGAGCCCAGCAUGGAGAGUGUGGCACGAAACUAAUGAUAUCAGAUGACAACAUUGUCUUCAGCAACCUGCUGGUCUACUCUCCUCCUCCCACUGAAGCUGGACAGCUCCCUCCAACUCCCUCCCUGGCUGUUCCAGUACACUGUAUUUAUAAACGGAGGUAUGGGGUGAGUAGCGGUCCUCUAAAACACUCCCGGGCCCCAGUGGUUCCCCGCUUCUGGCCUUCCACCUCCAACUCCGGCUCAG